AUGAUUUUUAAUCUUGUCGCGCUCUCCCUCUUUGUCAGCAGCAGUCUCGCUGUUCCACUCGAAGUUGAAAUUGAGAAACGCCAAAGCUGCCCUGGUGUCCACGUUUUCGGUGCUCGUGAGACCUCCGUGUCUCCUGGCUAUGGUUCCUCUAGCACUGUUGUAAAUGGUAUUCUGAGUGCCUAUUCAGGCUCCACCUCCGAGGCAAUCAGCUAUCCUGCAUGUGGUGGACAAUCCUCAUGCGGAUAUGUGAGCUAUUCCAGCUCAGUCGCUCAAGGCAUUCAAGCUGUCGCCUCGGCUGUGAAUUCCUACAACUCGCAAUGUCCCCAGACAAAGCUUGUCCUAGUUGGGUACUCCCAGGGUGGUGAAAUUAUGGACGCGGCUUUGUGCGGCGGGGGUGUCCCUAAUCAGGGCUACACUAACACGGCGAUUCCACUGACGUCCUCCGCUGUUAAUAUGAUCAAGGCAGCUAUUUUCAUGGGUGACCCCCUAUUCAAAGCUGGCUUGUCAUACGAUGUUGGGACAUGUGCCGCAGGAGGUUUCGACGCACGCCCUGCUGGUUUUUCAUGCCCUUCGGCUAGUAAAAUCAAGUCGUACUGCGAUGCUGCCGAUCCGUACUGCUGCAACGGUAGCAACGCCGCAACUCACCAGGGCUAUGGAGCCGAAUAUGGAUCACAGGCAAUAGCCUUUGUUAAAUCGAAGUUGGCCUAG